AAGAAAAAACUAGUUCGAGAAUUUGAUGAGAAACAGCGUGAAGCAAAUGAAACGCUGCGGGAAAUGGAGGAAGAACUGAAGUAUGCUCCUCUGCCUUUCCGCAACCAAAUGAUGAGCAAAAUCCGGGCAUACAGAAGAGACCUCUCCAUGUUCCAGAGAGAGAUGAGAAGCACAGAUUUGGGAUUGGGCCCUGGAAGUCAAGGCGAUAUAAAAUACGGAAUCUUCUCCACAGAAAAUGAACAGAGUACUCAUCUGCAGUCACAGAGGGUGCUGCUUCUCCAGGGAACAGACAGCCUGAACCGAGCCAGUCAGAGCAUCGAGCGUUCGCACCGAAUUGCUGCUGAAACAGAUCAGAUUGGCACGGAUAUAAUUGAAGAACUUGGGGAGCAGCGGGAGCAACUGGAACGCACCAAGAGCCGAUUGGUGAAUACAAGCGAGAACUUGAGCAAGAGUCGCAAGAUUCUACGGUCUAUGUCCAGGAGAGUAACCACUAAUAAGUUGUUGCUGUCAAUUAUCAUCAUCCUGGAACUGGCCAUCCUAGGAGGUGUGGUCUACUACAAGUUCUUUCGCAGCAGAUGAAUCUUCAUGACUGAGAUGAGCUUUUCCACUGCUGAGGAAUGGGAUGGGCUCUCUGUUCCCUCUGACUGUCUGUGGAUUGAACUGUCUUACGAGAAGACAGCAUGUUCAACUGAAACUGUAUCUCACUAGAAAGACACAGAAUGGGAGUAAAAGGAAAAAGCAGAGACAGACUUGAACUACUGGUAAGAUUAAUAAGAAGGUAAUAAAUAUUUUAUUGUCUCAAUUUGUAUAUACUUAACUAAAUGAAUAAAUCUUGGUAUGUAAUAAAGUAGCCACUGAUCAGUGGAAAA